AUGGGCAGAUCUGCAAUUUCUCAGGCCCUCCCGGUGCACCAGGAGGACGAAGACCUGUUCGAGACCUCGUCAUCCUUCUCCUGCGACUCCGACGACGAGGCCCAGUUCUCGGACGGCGAGGACCAGUUUGUGCCGGCUUCCCCGCCGGUGCGGAGACUCAACUCUGACAGCGUCUACGAUCUGUCGUCCAUCAAGGCUGAGCUCUCCGCCAAGAAAGGAGGGUUGUCCAAGUACUACGACGGGAAGUCCCAGUCGUUCGCGUGCAUGUCCGAGGUGAGGUGCCUGGAGGAUCUACCCAAGAAGAGCCCCUACAAGAAGAUCAAGUCAUGCAGGAGCAACAUCAAUCUAGACGGAAACCAGAGAGAUUGCCCCGUAACUGGUUCUAACAACAGCAAAGGAAUCGCCAAGCAGAGCUCUGCGAGUUCCUGCGCGAAUCUGAUGAUGGCGCGGACCAGCAGCGCCAACAUGCUCUACAGGCCUCCGGCGAUCCCUGUUAACAAGAGCGCGUGCCACCAGUAG